GACCCAUGACAGACACGCCUGCCAAAACAAACAACAACGCGAAGAAGAAACAGAAGGGGAGCCCGCUCCAAAGUGCCCCGGAAUAUGUCGACAAUUAUCCGGUGAAGGAACAUUCGACGCGCCUUCUCCACGGAAUGUCACCUCCAGGGCACCAUGGAGGUCUGUCGCUCCCCGUCGGACCGGGACCCUCACGGCUGAACAUCAUUAUUCGACACCCUGUUCCAGCUAGCGUUAGCCAUAUAUGCUAACACCAGCGCUCCCUGGCCGAAAGGGAAGCCGAAGUUGGUGCGUCGAAUGCGGCAGUGGACCGCGGAGUGAGGACGGUAACUCCCGUGGAAGUUAUUCCCGCUCGGGGUUUGGGCGAUGCAGAGGUGCGUGUUGCGCCGCCGCUGAGGUCUUUUUUUCCAACUAAUCAAUCAAAUCAAAGUUUAUUUAUAUAGCCUUAAAUCACGAGUGUCUCAAAGGGCUGCACAAGCCACAACGACAUCAGAGCUCACAAAAGGGCAAGGAAAAACUCACUACCCAAUGGGAUGCAAUGAGAAACCUUGGAGGGGACUGCAGAUGUGGGGACCCCCCACCCUGGGGCACCGGUGCGAUAGAUAGAUAGAUAGUACUUUAUUUAUCCCUUCAGGAGAGUUCCUUCUGGAAGAUUACAUUUUCAGCACAAAUCCAUUCAAGAUCAGACAAACAUUACAGGGAGACAGAACAGGAUCCCCUUACAAAAAAGGUGAGAUACAGGUAAACAAAGGGGGGAGGGGGUGGAGGCUGGGAGAAAAAGAUUAAAAAUAAUUACAAAUAAAUUAAAAAAAUCGGUCUAAGCCUGGGCCUCUGGAGAGGGGGUCCAGACUGAGGCCAAGGGAAAAAAAAUAAAAAUGGUCGUGGCGUGGAUCUAGUUAAUAGUGGGAGAGUCCAGUCCGUAGUGGGGUCAUCUUGAGUGGAGACAAGUCAGCAGCGCAGAGACGUCGUCAACUGAUGGACAGAUCAGUGGUCCACCCCGGGUCCCGACUUUGAACAGCUAGCGCUUCAUCUGUGGUCACCUAAUCUGUGGUUGCCAUGAAUUGAUUAACGUGGACCCCCGACUUUAACUUAUUCGGGUGUUACCAUUUAGUGGUCAAUUGUACGGAAUAUGUACUGCGCUGUGCAAUCUACUAGUAAAAGUUUCAAUCAAUCAAACCUAAUCUAUGCCCCCCACCCCGAUAGGGAGGCAGAGCAGAAAAGAGACGGCAGAUCAACUGGUCUAAAGGGGUGGUCAACUUAAAGUUAAAGUACCAAUGAUUGUCACACACUAGGUGUGGUGAAAUUUGUCCUCUGCAUAUGACCCAUCCCCUUGAUCCCUCCCUGGGAAGUGAGGGGAGCAGUAGGCAGCAGCGGUGCCGCGCCCAGGAUUCAUUUAUGGUGAUUUAACCCCCAAUUCCAACCCUUGAUGCUGUAUGCCAAGCAGGGAGACUAAUGGCUAGCGUAUACAAAUACUUUUUAAGAUGGGACUUAAAUAGUAGCACCCCUAACUGUUAGCAGUAGGGCAUUCCAAAGUACUGGAGCCCGAAUAGAAAAACGGACGGCCCGGGUGCUGGUGUGCGAUCAUGUCCUGCAAAGCCGCCAUGGCCAAGGACAAGAAAACGAGCUUCGGGAAGAAGCUGUUCAGACGAGGUUCCGUCCGCUCCGUGGGAAGUUUCAUGAGCAGAAUCCUGAGGACGCUGACCGCCUUGUCCCACUUUGGAUCGGAAGUGCCGACCGAGGAGGACAAGGACGACGACGGAGGCUUCACCGCGUUUAAGUCCGGAGCUAAGGACGCGCCCGUGGACGACGGCGACCUCGGGGUUUUCCUCUCCGGCGAGAGAGUGCCCGGCGUGGCCGGGCUGAAGAACCACGGCAAUACCUGCUUCAUGAACGCUAUUCUGCAGUGCCUCAGCAACACGGAGCUGUUCGCCGAAUUCCUGGUUUUGGAGCAGUACAAGAAAGAGGGGCUGGAUGAGGACAGACCAAAGACAAACGGCGUCCAUCUGCAAAAGAAGGGACCUGCGGCCAAGGGGGAAGUGACCGAGCAGUUGUCUGGACUUGUCCGGGCUUUGUGGACGUUUGAGUACACCCCCCAGCACAGCCGAGAGUUUAAGAACGCGGUGUCAAAAAACGCCACGCAGUUUAAAGGCAACGCGCAGCACGACGCUCAAGAGUUCCUGCUGUGGCUGCUGGACAGAGUUCACGAGGACCUCGACACAGUCAACCCCAUCGGCAGGCUCUCCUUAAAGCCACCUAUUGAGGAGGAUGACCAACAUGCAGAAGGACCCUCCCCUCCGCUCUCAGCCGGUUCAUUUGUACAAGAGCUCUUUCAGGCUCAGUACAGGUCCUCGCUCACAUGCCCACAUUGCCAGAAACAGAGCAAUACCUUUGACCCCUUCCUCUGCAUCUCACUACCCAUCCCACUGCCGCACACGCGGCCUUUGUACGUUACAGUGGUCUACCAGGGAAAGUACUCGCACUGUUUGAGGAUCGGGGUCGCCGUGCCCCUCAACAGCGCCGUGUAUCGCCUCCGGGAUGCUGUGUCACGCUCGACCAAGAUGGCUAUGGACCAGUUCAUUCUGACCGAAAUGUACUACGACGGUUUCCACCGUUCCUUCUGCGACGACGACGAUGACCUCGACAUCAUCCAAGAAAGCGACUCCAUCUUUGCCUUUGAGACGCCGGAGAUGUUUAAACUCGAAAGCCUACGCACCAAAAGAGGCAAGUUCUUCAUCUGUGUAUUGUUUAUGUUUUGUUUUACGGAGAUAUGUAAGUUUUUUUUACUUCUUGUAGGAAGUCUUCUGGCCAACCUGAACCACAACAACUUGAAAUACGGGACGGAAAAUAGUCGGACGUCGUCUUUUAUGCAGGGGGCCGGGACCCCUUUGGCUUCGCCCAUUAAAAACCUGGCUCCUGAGAAGAUGAUCCUCCUGGUGUGCAAUAGGGCCUGUACCGGACACCAAGCAAAAAGAUUUGGCUUGCCUUUCGUUCUCUACAUGGAGCGUACGGCCACCUGGGACGCGCUCCAGAAAGAGAUCUUGGAGAAAAUGCGCCACCUCCUGCGACCUGGAGUCUAUAUUCAGGUGGGGCCUUUCAGUCUUCGAGUGGUCGGCGUGGUGGGGAUCACCUACCUCCUCCCCCAGGAUGAGCGACCGCUGUGUCAUCCGACUGUGGAGAGAGCAUAUAAGUCCUGUGGACAGGGCGGUCCGCCGCACGUGAAGAUCGUGGUGGAGUGGGACAAAGAGACCAAAGACUAUCUAUUCGGACACACGGAGGAGGAGUACAUACCCGACGCCGAGAGCGUGUAUCUGUACAGGGAGCAACACCACCAGCCGCAGGCCUGCACUCUGGCUCAGUGCUUUCAGCUGUACACUAAAGAGGAGCAGUUGGCCCCAGACGACGCCUGGCGCUGCCCCCACUGCAAGCAGCUGCAGCAGGGCCGCAUUAAGCUCAGCCUGUGGACAUUGCCUGACGUGCUCAUACUGCACCUCAAGAGGUUCAGACAGGAGGGAGACCGCAGGGUGAAGAUGCAAAACCUGGUGCAGUUCCCGCUAAUGGGCAUGGACAUGGCGCCCCACGUGGUGAAGAGGAGCCAGAGCAGCUGGAGUUUACCUUCCCAUUGGUCACCGUGGAGACGACCCUACGGCUUAGGGAGAAACCCUGAUGACUUCCUGUAUGACCUGUACGCUGUGUGCAACCAUCACGGGAGCAUGCACGGAGGCCACUACACUGCCUACUGCAAGAACUCCGUCGAUGGUCAGUGGUACUGUUUUGAUGACAGCGAGGUUUCACCCGUAGCCGACGACGACGUGUCUCAACAAACUGCCUACAUUCUCUUCUACCAGCGGAGGACUGCUAUACCUUCCUGGUCCGCCAACAGUUCUGUUGCAGGCUCUACCAGUUCUUCCCUGUGCGACCACUGGAUCAACAGGCUGCCCGGUAGCAGACCUGCUAGCUUGGCGUCAGGCGCCUCGUCCAGACGCACCUCUCUGGCUUCGCUGGCGGAGUCGGUGGAGUUUCCCGGAGAGCGUAGCGAAGACGACGGUGGUUUCUCCAUCCGCCCCUUCGUGAGGAGCAUCCAGCGUCAGAGCUUGUCUUCCAGGUCGUCCAUUGCCAGCCCCUUAGCUUACAGCGACAGCGGUGUCAAGCCCUCCUGGUCUCUCUCCACCAAGCUGCAAAUGAGGUCCAGCUCACCCUCGCGCUUCUCCCUGGACUCUCGGUGCUCGCCACCCCUUGAGCGGAUUGGCGAGGCCUGCGACGACCGCGUGUCCACGUCCUGCUUCGGCAGCUACAGCCGACACGAGCGCUACUUCGGCAGCAGGACUCCCUUGUCUGCGGUGGAAAGCAACCACGCCGAGCAGGAGAACCACAACAAGCGUUUCCUGGACAUGAUGUACUGCCGCGCUCCCACGCCGGUAGACAAGAAGACGUCCAAAAACGAGCCCACCGAAAACAACAACCAGAUCACGGCCAUAGACCAAAACGUCCUUCCGUCUCAAGCCACGCCUUCCAAGGAGCAGAAACGCAAAGAAAUCACAAGCUCCACAAAACCCACUAAAGCAGAGCAGGAAAAAACCUCCAAAAAACGUCUGUGUAAUAAACCCGCGACGUCUGAAACCCCCUCGAGCACGCCUGUAAAAGGCAAAAAGGUAAGCAACACGAAAGAGAAGAACGUCACAAGCAAGAAAAGCACCUCAACACCUACUGGGACGCCUUCCAAGACAAAAGAGGCGUCCUCAAAUCUGGAGGCGACGUCAAAACACAGACUGUGUGUGCGCUCCACGCCUCUGUCGUCAGCGUCACCCUCCCCCACCACCAAGAAGAACCCGGGCGUCCCCGAGAAGAACCCGGCCAGCGCUCGUAAGCGUCUGGUGGAGAGGAGCUUCAGCAGAGACUCCAUGCACACCAGUCCUCUGAUCAACAGCCCGCGAGGAAGCCCUUUGUCCAAGACGGGCGAAAGCAGCCGACACGAGGUGAAGACGGUGCGGAGCUCCAGCAGCAGCUCGUCCGUCACCAGCCUGCGCUCUCCCAGCGUGUCCAGCAGAGACCUGCAGCGCGGCGGGAAGUCGGAGGAGAAAGGCCUGUCCUUCUUUAAAAGUGCGCUGAGACAACGGGAAAGCCGACGGUCGGCCGACUUAGGCAAGAGCAGCCUGCUUUUCAAAAGGACCUCGGAGAAGACAUGCAAGCAGAGCGGACAGGCCAAGGAAGGCGGCGUUGAGAACGGCAAAGCGGCGGUCGACACGUCCUCGCCUCUCAAAGCAGACGCUCCGAGAGCCGCAGCUGAGAAAAAGGCAGAAGCCAAGGAGUCCAAGGCCGCCGCCGCCUCCUCUCUCGGCCGCUCUCUGCUGCACGUGGGGAAGAGCAAGGCUUGCGGGGCCGAGGCGAGUCUCAAGUCGCCGGCCAACGGUAAGAAACCACUCGACAGGAAGACGCCUUCCCGGAAGCUGUCGUCGAGCACGCAAUCACCCGCACGUACGACACCGCGGCCUCAGUGACGCCACCAUCGUACGUACUUUUCUUCUUACUGAAUGCAGCUACUGUACAUUCUCUGUGCCUACCUUCUGCUCAGCACCCUGCUGUGAAAAGUACGCAAACUUGACACUUAGGCUACCUUCACACUGUUGCAAUUCUGCUUUUAUUCCCCACAUGUGACACGCACACUUUUUCACAGUACAAUUCCCGUUUUUACAAAUCCAACCAAGGCCGCGGUCAUAUUUAGAUAUGAAUUCCCUUUAUGGCCGAUACAACUGCAGUCUGAACAAUCGGGUCGCGAUUAUCCAACCUAAACGUCAUCAAAUAGUGACAGCGGUUGGUAGAGUGGCCGUGCCAGUAACUUGAGGGUUGCAGGUUCAAUUCCCGCUUCUACCAUCCUAGUCACUGCCGUUGUGUCCUUGGGCAAGACACUUUACCCACCUGCUCCCAGUGCCACCCACACUGGUUUAAAAUGUAACUUAGAUAUUGGGUUUCACUAUGUAAAGCGCUUUGAGUCACUAGAGAAAAGCGCUAUAUAAAUAUACUUCAUUUCACUCUUGGCCAAAAUAGACAAUUGCAAAAAUAAAUACUGGACGAAUGAGCAGAAAAAGAUGUUUUCGAUAGGGAUGCAAUGAUUAACAUUGAUUAAAAACGGCAUGGGGAGGCGUGGCUCGUGCCAGCAACUUUAGUGAUCCAGGUUCGAUUCCGGCUCCUGCCAAAGGAUCUCACUGCCGUUUGUGUCUUUUAGCAAGACACUUCAUCCUUGCUCCCAAUGCCACCCACACUGGUUUAAAUAUAGCUUAAAAUGUAAAUAAUGGGUUUUGCUAUGUCAUGCAGUCUCUAGAGGGGGAAAAAAAGUGCUACAUAAAAUAUAAUCCAUUUAAAAACGCCAGAAUUAUUUAAUCUCAAAGGCUCCACUACACCUUGAGUUUCAGUCAUCCUCACUCGCUAUACAUUUUCAUCAGUAGCUCAGCGUUGUGCAAGUUUAGUGUAAACAAACCGCAUCAUCAGGUACGUCUGUCAAGAGCUUCAUUUAGUGACCAUUUAACGUUCUUUUAGUAGGGAUGGGUACCGUUCACAAUGGAACUGAUACAUACCAAUUACCAGUACAUGGGAAUUGAUGCCGGUACUCAACGGUACUGGUGUGUGUUAAUAAAUAUGAAUUGUUUUCGAUAAUUACAUUUUUAUUGCAACCUUAAAAAAUUAGCUGGUUAUAACAACUGCUGUCCAGUUGUUACUUCAGUUUAGUUUUGGCUGUCAAGUCUUUUGCUGCGGCCAAAAAGUGUUAAUACUGUAAGCGUUGCACUUGUUUUCGAUUGAUUGUGCUUAAUUACUCACCAGCUGUUUGAUUGUAACAUGCAUCCAAGUCGUAGUUUUCGUUAACAAAUUUGGAAGUGCUGAAAUCGCCACGUAAAAUCGGUAAUGCUAAUCAGUAGUAUGACAUCAGCAAAGCCAAUGUAUAUUAGCAUCAAGCUACUGCACAGAUGGAGCCUUAUUUUACCUGCAGUACGUCGGAGCGUUUUUUUGAGUUGUUUUUUUUGUUGGCAUUGAAAAUUGCAAUUUUACCUAGAGAGCAAGUGCGAAAGUGUCGGUGACUGGGCGUGACGUCAUCGCCCAACCCAGGUACUGAAACAUGGCACCGUUGCAUUUUUCGUGAAUUAGUACUUGGUAGGACCGGUGAGAUUCGGUCGGUGCCAAAAAAGUACCUGCUACCCAUCCCUAAUAGAAAGUGUAAAACAUUAUUAGCUUGUACAAUAACGGGAUCUAGUUAUGUGCAUUCUCGUUAUUAACACAGCAUAACAUGGAUGAUUCAAAAUGAAUUAAUAGGCAGUUGAUGAGUAACAUUUCCCCUGGGGAUCAAUAAAGUGGUCUUAUAUUGAUAAUACAAUUAUUAAUCUAAUAAUAGUUUGUUUAUACUUUUAUUUGGAAUUGUUAUAUGAAAAUACCCAAGGAAUAUCUCAUUUUAUGUAUUUUUUCGGUUCUGAUAUGUAUCAUGAUAUAGUCAUCGUGAUUAUUACUCAGAUAUUAAUCAUUGCAUUCCUAAAACUCACGUCAAUAUCCCACCACUACAAAGUACUCACGUCCAAGCAAAUGUCCCACAAACGGCGUGGGACAACAUUCUUGUCUUCCUUCUUAAUCUUGUACAUGAAACAAUUUGGUUGGAAAAAAAAAAAACGUCCGGUUGCAAAAAAUCCUUAAAGGGGAACAUUAUCACAGUUUCAAAAGGGUUAAAAACAAUAGAAAUCAGUCCUCAGUGGCUUGUUUUAUUUUUCGAAGUUUUUUUCAAAAUUUUACACCUUCCGGAAUAUCCCUAAAAAAGCUUUAAAGUUCUUGAUUUUCCCUAUUUGCGAUGCGACUGUCCAUUUCCCUGUGACGUCAUACAGGGCUGCCAAUACAAACAAUAUGGCGGUUACCACAGCAAGAUAUAGCGACAUUAGCUCGGAUUCAGACUCGGAUUUCAGCGACUUAAGCGAUUCAACAGAUUACGCAUGUAUUGAAACAGAUGGUCGGAGUAUGGAGGCAGAUAGCGAAAACGAAAUUGAAGCUAUUGAGCGAAUAGCCAUUGACGCUAUUCGGCCAUAGCAUGGGUGUACCUAAUGAAGUGGCCCAUAGCAUGGCUGCCUUAUUAGCAUCGGCGGUAAAAUGUGCGGACCAAACGAUCAGGACUUUCGCAUCUUGUGACACUGGAGCAACUUAAAUCCGUCGAUUGGUAAGUGUUUGUUUCAAAUGUACAUACAGCUAGCAUAAAUAGCAUGUUAGCAUCGAUUAGCGUAGCAUGUUAGCAUUGAUUAGCUGGCAGUAAUGCCGUGACCAAAUAUGUCUGAUUAGAACAUAAGUAAACAACAUCAACAAAACUCACCUUUGUGAUUUCGUUGACUUAAUCGUUGCAAAUGCAUCUGCAGGUUAUCCAUACAUCUCUGUGCCAUGUCUGUCAUCGCCGGUAAAAUGUGCAGACACUCUGGCAAAUUCAAUGGGGGUCUGGCGGCAGAUUUCUUGCCAGUGGUGCAACUUGAAUCCCUCCCUGUUAGUGUUGUUACACCCUCCGACAACAUGAUGUCUCCAAGGUACCAAAAAAUUGUCGAAAAAACGGAAAAUAACAGAGCUGAGACCCGGUGUUUGUAAUGUGAAAAUGAAAAUGGCGGGUGUGUUACCUCGGUGACGUCACAUUCUGACGUCAUCGCUCAAAGACCGAUAAACAGAAAGGCGUUUAAUUUGCCAAAAUUCAUCCAUUUAGAGUUCGGAAAUCGGUAAAAAAAAAUACAUGGUCUUUUUUCUGCAACAUCAAGGUAUAUAUUAACGCUUGCAUAGGUUUGGUGAUAAUGUUCCCCUUUAAAAUUGCUACAAAUCUACUGAAAUUGGAGCCAUGUUUACUAACCAAUGAUGUCUAGAUCGGAUUUAAUAAAAACAAAACAAAAUCAGAAUUGCCCAUAAUACCCUGCAGUGUGAACGUAGCCUCAGAAUCCAAAUCCCAUCCAGGAGACUUACCGGUACUUCAUUAACGAGCUUUCUCCUCAGUGACAUAUUUAAUCUGUGGUUAAGGUCGAGACCACAAACACGAAAUAGAAAGCGUUUCAUUCCGAGUAACGAUUAUUUACGUUCCCAAAAUUGAUUUGAGCAAAGAGUUUUUUUAACGUCACGAUGGCCAAUAAAAACGGCAGAAUAAACUUCCUAAUUGGUCCACAAGACACACUUAUAGAUAUUUUACAACUAUUUUUGUUUAAAUACAAGUUUUAUAAUAGUGUUUUAUAAGAAAAUGUUUUGGAAUGAAACCCUUUAAAAAUAUCUAUAUAUACACAACAUGUGUGUGUGUAUAUAUAUAUAUAUAUAUAUAUAUAUAUAUACACACACAUAUAUAUAUAUACAAUAUAUAAAUAGCUGUAGAUGCGUCUGUAUAGAAAGUAUAAAGUAUGUAUUGUUCUACUUCCAAAAGCAAAGUCAAAACAAUCUUAAGCGCGUUACUAAUAGUAACAAAUGGUAACAUGGUAGUCUACUACUGUAUGCAUCACUGAGUAGGAAUGUAGUAAUUAUUCUGCACUUUGUAUAGAUCAGUAGCUUCCUUCCUUCCGUAGCAAAAGUAUACAAACACUAACUUGAUGUAACUCUCGUGUGUCUUCUCAACAUCAUUUUAACAUAUCAAGUAGUUCCAGGCCUUAAAUAUAUAUAUAAAAAAAAAAAAAGGGUACAUGGUGCUGUAACCAGACACAGUCUGGCAUUUUAACACCAGAACUUAGUAAAACCCAGUCAGCGUACGUUAUGUCAUGGAUCAUAAACUUGUUUUUGUUGACAUCAUGUCAUAAAAAAACGAGCAUGGCUGUGUCACGUUAACCCCGCGGAACCAGCAUACCUAGUGCUUCUAAUGCGGAACAAGCCAGUACACGAUAUAUUAACUGCAGUAAUUGUUGCCAUCAAAGUACAGGAAGUGUGACAACACUUCCUGUAAAUGCUCCAAUUGUAGCGUUUAUUCGCCUAAACCGCAAAGACGACAGGAUGUAAUUAGAAGCAAGCAAUAAUUGAAGAAGUGUGACCAAUUUGCUGUAUUUUGGCCAUACUUUGUUACUUCACUAUAAAUGAUUUUUUUCUAGGAGGGUUAACUUUUUUUUAGUGUUUAAUUAAAACAUUUUAAUGUCAGAUUCUUUUCAAAGGUGUAUGAUACACUGGCAGUUAUUCAGCAACACCCCAAAGCCAAACAGAACAUGAUGUUAGUCCUUUAUUUGUCAAAGGGCCUACAAACUUCUUUCAAUCACCUUAACCUCUUAAUGCCCGAGCUGUUUGUUUACAUACUUUUUUUUAAUUUCUCUUUGCUAUUUGGGCUUAUUGGACCCUAAUUAGAAUAAAAACUAAGAAUCAUCUUUUGAUAUGAUGUACUUAGUCCAUAAGUACACAAACGUGUACUUCAUGUUUAGUGACAUGCUAAUUCUUAUUUUUUUACACUUUUUUCCCCCCAAAAUUCCAUUGUAUGUUAUACUCUUCUGGCACCACCAGAUGGCAGUAUAAGUGUCCACAUAAGUGGCCAAAAGACCCUGAUUCAGUAGUGUAUACAAUUUUGGAAAUAAGAGCUAAAAGGUGCUGGCCACACAUGUGGCCACUAGGCCUUUAGUUAACUCAAACACCAAACAUGUAUUUUUUUUAAAAAAUAAACCUUUUCAAAAGGCCUUUUGAUCAAACUGUCAUGCUAUGCACAUUUAUACUGUGACAUGUGAUCAAAAGGCGUUAUUGAAAAGGUUCACAAUUAAAGGGGGACUGCACUUAAAACAAAAAGUGCCUGUCAUUCAUAAUCCAUAUGUAAAAAAAGCACACACGUUUUUAUUUUUUUAUGCAUUCUAACUAGUAAAUAAAUGUGAGCAAAAGUCAGCUAACAAUGGAGUCAAUGGACUUCUGUUCUGCCUAUAAAGUGCGUAAAAACAUCCCGACAUUUUCAUCGUUUUAUAUUCACAUAUGUAAUGAAGUAACAGGCACAUUCUUAUUUCCGUAUUUUGUAAUUAUAAUAUGGCAGAGUAUUAUUUUACAAACGUUUGCUUUUUCCUUCAACAACAACAACCUUCACUGCAACAAACAUGAUAAAACACCACUUACUGUACAAUGUCUGCUCCCACUGGGAUGCCGAAUGAUGGGCCUUUGAGGAAGAAUUACUCCUAAUCCUCGCAAAGAAAAAAUGGGGGGUUGAACCAAGCGUCUUUUCCUGUCUUCCUCGCCAAUUUCGGGUCUAAAUUGACUGUCAAAGUUGACCGACAUGUUAAAUUAUUUUCCUUCUUCUAUCAAGGUGAGAGGAGUUAUUUAUGAUCGAGAAUAAACUUUUACGCGCUCUGAGGCGAGAAAGCCGCUCACCAGCCGUUGAUGUCAACAUAGCAGCAUUAGCUCGCUAGCUCUCUAUAAAUAGUAUGUCUGCCUUAGCGCUUAUAAUAACAAUAUCACUAAUCCUUAGUUAAUGUCGGUCUCAAAAUGUAAAUGAAUUAUUGUUGGUAGUUUUUCAAUGUUUUUUUAAGAAUUUCAAUGCAUUAAAAUGUAAUUAUAGUGAAGAAAAGGCAAAUUUCUUAAAAAAGUACAGUUCCCCUUUACAGCAUACUUUUUGACAUUUUUGUUUCGGACUGAAAUUUGAGAUAAUUGAGCAAAAAAAAUGAAUAAAAUACAAUGAAAAAUGCUUUUCAACUUCAAAAACAUAAAGGGGCUGUUUGAAAGUUGCUCACAGUUUAAAUUUUUCAAAUCAAAAAGUACAAAAGUUAAAGUUAAAAGUACCAACAGAACACCACCCCGGAGCUUAUGUUACCAUUACUGGUUUAACAGAACACAACUGUGGAUUUUUCAAUUACUAUGUUUACGUGACAAAUAUAAAAAAAUAAUAAUUGGACACACAUUAACAGUUCA